UUGACCUUAGACGGCUCUGGUGACUCUCCACCUCCCUCUGCUGGUUGGCUGCAGAGCUACCGCUCUCCCCUGUGCUGCUGCUGUGAUCUCACUGUUGUCGCUGUGCAGCGGACGCGUUUAUUUCUGUGUGCAGCCAACCGCAAGAAAUGGAUGUGUUUCUUAUGAUCCGGCGUCACAAGACGACAAUCUUCACAGAUGCCAAAGAGUCGACAACAGUCUACGAACUGAAGCGCAUUGUUGAGGGCAUUUUGAAGAGAGCACCUGAAGAUCAGAGGCUUUAUAAGGAUGAUGUGCUGCUGAACGACAGUCAAACACUCGGAAACUGUGGCUUCACAAACCAAACAGCCCGACCUCAGGCUCCGGCCACAGUGGGAUUAGCUUUCCGUUUGGCUGAUGAUUCCUUUGAGCAGCUGAGGAUUGAGCCCUUCUCCACUCCCCCAGAGCUUCCUGACGUCAUGAAGCCCCAGGACUCGGGCAGUACAGCCAAUGAGCAGGCUGUUCAGUGAGGGCCGGGGCGGGUUUAGGAGAGUAACACACAGGGGGUCUGAGGGAGGGAGGGACUGAAUUUUGGGAGGUGAUGCUUCAGUGGGUACGAGUUUUGCUGACCCAUCUCUAGGUGGGCAUAAACAAUUACAUGGACUCCCCUUGUUGUAAACCCGGGGGCGUUUAGGUGGUAAAUUUGUCCAGAAAUCGGAGAACGCAUGCUAAAUUGAUUCUUUCACACAAGACCCUACAGAGAUAAGCGACGGACUUGUCUUGACACUGUCAGUCAUCCAUGACAUUGGUAAAGGCUGAACAUUUAAAAAAAAAAAGUACCUCGUAUUUAAGUAAUUUUACUCUUUAUUUGGGGUUAGGCUCACACCGUCUUGCUUUUUUUAAUUUUAUUUGCUGGCUUAAAUGUGAGCGUUGAUGAGGUGUGACAUUUUUAGACAUUUAUGUUUGUGUUUCUUUAUUAAACAAUGACUAAGAUUUAUCAUAUUUUUGGUCUUUGGCCUGGUUAUGUGUUGCAAAAAUAGUUAGGAGUUUGUGGAUGUCUAAGUUACUAUUUGUAUUUAAAGGACUUCUGAACAACACCAAUUUGAAAUCACAAAGAUUCGCUGGUCAACAGAGGAUUUGGCUCAAGGUGAUAUUUUCCUGACACUUAAUCAAUCCAAGCUGUCUUACUGUUACUACACAGAGGUUACUGAGACUGAAGCUGAGACUCAGUCCUGGUUAUCAUGAACACAUGUAAUGCUGGUGUAGAUCUGAAAUCAACGGAGGAUGAAACAGCAAAAACAGACGUUAUUGAUUUGUACGUGUUAUUGCCAAGUGCAAACUGAUCAGGUGUCUUUUCCAGUGUUGAAUGCAACUCUUCAAUGAGAAGAUUUUGUAAACAUCAGUCAUUGGGUUUAUAAAGCUCACUGUGCAGUUGUGUGAUGUUACGGAACUAUAUAAAAAGACAAAAAACAGACUUUCAAUCACCACCGCCUGUCACCACAUUUCCUUCCCAUUCAGCUUCAGCUCACGCAGUUAUUUAUGCCAUGAUUUUAAAAAAAUCUUAUGCACAACACUAUAUAUUCAUUUAAAAUUGUACAAAAAUGGGCCACGUGAUGAAGAAACUUGCAAGGAAAAAUGUCCCCCAUCAGAUAGAGAAGAAAGAUUAUUAGGAAUUGAACGUUGAAAUAUAUUUUAAAAAAAAUCAAGGAAGUUUAACAAAAAAGAUAUGAUCGAAGUUGCAAUUGUAACUGAUUUACCAUUAAAACAACAGUUUUU